GGACAUCUAGCCUUAAGUCAUGCUUUCUAAUCAAAACGUUUACGUUGGUCCAGAAACGACUAAAUCAUUUUUGACUGGGAACUCAAGUUAAUACUGUUUCUUUUAACUUGGAUUUAUUUCAGACUCUAUUAAUCAUUUAUCUUUGACUAUCCAGUUUGUUUUUUCUCUUACAUAUAUUUAUUUUGCUUGGGUCUUGUCUUUCCAGGAUCUUAAGUCUCUGUGUGCUUUGCUGUUACUUUUGUUUGUGUCUUUCUGCUAUCAAAGAUGAGACCACUAUUCCUACUACUUCUAAUACAUAUUUUUCUUCAUCUGUUAUUUUUGCAAUUACUGCAUGUGGGGCUUGAUAAGAAUAGUGGUUCCUUUAUAACCCACAAACAAACUUCAGGCUAGCAGAUGGCAACUGUCUGUCAGAGCUGUGGAGGAGAAGUAGCAGCCCUUCUUUCUAAGUGAGGAUGGAAAAGCAGGCAUGAGGCUUGCCCAGAAUCUGGUACUGAAUGUACCUCAUUGGGAGUUGCAGUAGGUUCUCUUAAAAUGUUUUCUUCUUUUAAAUUUUGAUUCCAUCCACUUUGUGUGGAUGUAACUCUGAGAAAGUUACUAGCUUAAAAAUAUAUGAAUCACCGAUCUGGCUCGUAAUCCGUUGGACAUGUAAAUACGAAUCUUUACUCAGUAUCAUAUUAGUGAGCUUUAGAACUGAGGAAGUGGCUUUUGUAACCUGUGAUGCUCACUGGUUUGGGGCUUUUAUAUGCAUGACCUUUAGAUUGCAUUAGCUUUCUGUUAGUGAGCAACUUGAAUAUUUAUGAAUGUUUUCCUUAAGUUGCUCCAUUAUAGCUUGCAUAACGAGUUCAUUACCUCUUCUUAUGUGACAGCGAUAAGCAUUUUUCCCUCUUCUGUUGUUACAUUUAAAGUACAUUUAAAGUACUGUAUUUCCUUUAACUUCUAGAGAGAGGAAUUAAAUUUCAAGCUGUAUGCUUGUCUUAAAGCUAAAUUUUGAGUGUUAAGAAUUAUGUCUUUAAUACAAAAUGAAGAGGUUUCCUUCAUUUUUUCAAGAUGCGUAUGGAAGUUAGAGAACAUUUGCUUAUCAUUGAAAUUAUUUUGAGAUAAAAUUAAUUUUUGCUGGUUAUUGUACAUACCUUUUUGACACUAGUUAUCUAAAUAACUAGUUUGAGGAAUUCUUAAGAAGAGGAGUGCCCAAGUGCACUGUUUAUGUUUAUUUCAGUAAAUUUUCUCAAAACUUGCAUAUUUUUGACUGUCAUUUUAUAGUAUUCCAAACCAGAAAUUUGAUGUCUAGACUUUGCAUUGUGGUCUGAGAUUUGAAAUGACUAGUCAGAAAUGUUGAACAGCUUGAGAAGCAGUUUUCAUAAACUGUGCUUGAAUUUACACGGUUUAGAAGGUGACAUUGAUUUUUCUUUUUUCUUCUUUUCUUUUUGACUAGGCAGGAACUUUGGGUCCAUCAGGCUUGUAUUUCAGUGCACAAAGAAAUGCAACUCUUAAUUUAGCUGAAGUACAUCUAUAGUGGAUACCUACUUGGUGUUCUCUGACUUGCAGUAGGAAUGACAUGAUAACUCUGUGAUAGGCUCCUCUUUUUUUUUUUUUGUUUUUCUUUUUUUGAGCUCUGUAUCCCAUGGUGAAUAUUUGGUGGCUCUAGUUCCCUUUCAACUAGUAGGCAGCAGAUGCCAAGGAGUAAACUUUGAACCUUACAAGAUGUGAAUAGACGCAGAAAGGAGAAAUCAUGUGGUGCUGAGGCAGCAUAUUGUCCUGCUGUGAGCAAGGGCAACAAGGACUUGGGUUUUGUGAACAAACCUGAGUCUCGUUCCCCUGUCUCAUCACCACUGCAAGCUUCUUGAAGAUGGCUUGUGAAGUAAUUGGAACGUGGGAUUAGGGAGGCAGGAGCAGAACGAGUGCCAUUAGAGGUCAGUUGUGCUCUGAUGAUUUAUAGAGCACCGAAUCCUAGAUUGAAGAGGCGGAAUUUUCCUUCAUGGCUCACAGGUCUGAAUCCAAGCUUUUCAAUGGCUCUGAGAAGGACAUCUCGUUAUCUGCAAGCAAACUUACAAAAAAAGAAUCUCUCAAGGUUCAAAAGAAAAAUUACAGAGAAGAAAAGAAGAGAGCUACAAAAGAAUUACUUAGCACUAUCACAGACCCAUCAGUUAUUGUUAUGGCUGACUGGUUGAAGAUUCGUGGUACCUUGAAAAGCUGGACCAAACUGUGGUGUGUACUGAAACCAGGAGUGUUGCUUGUUUACAAAACCCCAAAAAAUGGCCAGUGGGUGGGAACAGUGCUCCUGAACGCUUGUGAACUCAUUGAGAGGCCUUCUAAAAAAGAUGGCUUUUGUUUCAAACUUUUUCAUCCUUUGGAGCAGUCCAUAUGGGCUAUAAAGGGUCCCAAAGGUGAAGCAGUUGGUUCUAUAACUCAGCCGUUGCCCAGCAGUUAUUUGAUCAUCCGAGCCGCUUCAGAAUCAGAUGGCAGGUGUUGGAUGGAUGCCUUGGAGCUGGCACUGAAAUGUUCAAGUCUGCUUAAACGUACAAUGAUUAGAGAAGGUAAAGAGCACGAUUUGAACUCUUCAGCAGACAGUACUCAUGUGUCUCUCUAUGGUCUGCUUCGUGCUAACAACUUGCACAGUGGAGAAAACUUACCGUUGAAUGACAGCGAAAUUGAAAGGCAUCACUUUAAAGAUCACGAUAUGUACUCUGACAAAUCUGAUAAGGAAAACGACCAUGACCACGAAGAAUCUGAUAAUGAUGGAUUGGGGAAAAGUGAAGAAAGCGAUAGUGACACAUCGGAGCGACAGGAUGAUUCUUACAUUGAUCCAGAACCAAUUGAUGUCAAGGAAACUACUUAUGUAGAACAGAGUCAUGAAGAACUUGGGGAGGCCGGGGAGGCUGCUCAGACAGAAGUAGUGUCAGAAGAAAACAAAAGUCUGAUCUGGACACUACUGAAGCAAGUCCGGCCAGGAAUGGACUUAUCCAAGGUUGUACUGCCUACGUUUAUCUUGGAACCUCGUUCUUUCCUGGACAAGCUGUCUGAUUACUACUACCAUGCAGACUUCUUGUCUGAAGCUGCUCUUGAAGAGAAUGCUUACAACCGCAUGAAAAAAGUAGUGAAGUGGUAUUUGUCAGGAUUCUACAAAAAGCCAAAGGGACUAAAAAAGCCGUACAAUCCUAUACUUGGUGAGACUUUCCGCUGCAUGUGGAUUCAUCCAAGGACGAAUAGCAAGACGUUUUACAUUGCAGAACAGGUGUCACAUCAUCCUCCAAUAUCUGCCUUCUAUGUUAGCAACAGGAAGGAUGGUUUUUGCCUUAGUGGUAGCAUUCUGGCCAAAUCAAAAUUCUAUGGGAAUUCAUUAUCUGCCAUACUAGAUGGAGAAGGACGACUAACAUUCCUAAACAGGGGAGAAGAUUAUGUAAUGACAAUGCCAUACGCACACUGUAAAGGAAUUCUUUACGGCACAAUGACCUUAGAGCUUGGGGGAACAGUCAACAUCACCUGUGAGAAAACUGGCUACAGUGCAACAAUUGAAUUCAAACUCAAGCCUUUUUUGGGUAACAAUGACAGUGUUAACCAAAUAUCAGGGAAAAUUAAGCUUGGCAAAGAAGUUCUGGCUAUUUUGGAGGGUCACUGGGACAGUGAAGUUACUAUUAGUGACAAGAAGACAGAUGUUUCAGAGACAUUUUGGAACCCAACAUCUGAUAUCAAGCAGCGUAGAUUACCUAGAUACACAGUGAAGUUUGAAGAGCAAGAUGACUUUGAGUCAGAGAAGCUUUGGCAACAAGUGACAAGAGCAAUAAAUAAUAAAGACCAAACAGAAGCUACUCAAGAGAAAUACGUUCUGGAAGAAGCUCAGAGAAGGAGUGCCAAAGAGAGGAAACUUAAGGGUGAAGAGUGGACGUGCAAGCUGUUCGAUCAGGAUUCAGUUACAGGCGAAUGGCACUACAAAUAUGCGGAUACCAGACCAUGGGACCCUUUGAAUGAUAUGAUCCAAUUUGAAAAAGAUGGCACCAUCCAAACAAAAGUUCGACAUCGGACACCAAUGGUUAGUGUUCCAAAAAUCAAACGAAAGCCAGCCGGCCAGAAGAAAGGAGAGUGUGGUUUCUCAUCCCCAGAGCCCGAUAACCAGGAUUCCUCUGGGAGUGAAGCACAACUUCUGAAGCAUAACACAAGAAUAAGGAAAAAAGGGGCAGACCUUGGUGAACUGCAGAGUGCCAUUGAAUCUAUAAAGGAAACACAAGAAGAAAUUAAGAGGGACAUUAUGGCUCUGCGAAACAGAGUCACUUCUAAUGCACCACCUGUGGACUACCAUUUCUUGCAGUUUAAGCACUAUGUCUUCAUUUCACUCGUGGUUCUGCUACAGCUUACCAUUAAUUUCUUGUUCAAAUAGGAAAUGUGAACAAGGGCCUUUCUGAACUGGAAUGAUCAAACUGUUACUGGGGACCAUAUUUUAAGUCAGACUUUAAAUGAUGCAAUAUUAUCUAAAAGAGCCCUGUAGCAACAGCUUACAGAACUUCGCCUCAGCAUCCAUGGUUCAGAAUCAUACUCCUGUCUACCCAGCUGAAGUAAGAAUUGUGUAAGUGCCAGUACACUCUUGCUCCUGGUGUGUGCCUCUGUCUCACAGACAUAUGACAUCAGCCUUGUGUUUUCUAUUACGUCAUACGCUGUACUGAUGAAUCUUCACCACAGACUAGAUGAAGUUAAGUACUCAGAGGUCAGACCCUGUAGGUAGGGUGCAAUUCUUGUUAUGGUAGAAUGACAAACAAGCAUACUUUGUUACAUUUAAACUUCCCAUUUUUGUAACGAAGGAACUUUUGAAGUAGCCAACAGUUUUUGUAAAUGGCAUUGAGUGUUUGGAAGUAAACUUUUGUGUAAGGUCAAAUACAUUAUUAUACAAAGAUAACGAGCAUUAGGAACUGGCAAAAAGCUGAAGUCUUUGGGAAUUCUGCAGUGUAAUGUCCUUGAUUUGUUUCGGAAGUAUGAGUUUUUAUCCUGAAUUACUACUACAGUGGCUUGUAAGCCAGCUGUUUUAUUUUUAUAGUUUUAAAAUUUCAGAUUCUUCAUAAAAACAUUCCUGCAUCUACUGUACAGAGCACCUUUUUAACAGUGCAGCACCUGGGAAGGUACUGUCUUAGUCCACUCUCUCACGUGUUGUAAAUGUCAAGGAUUUACAGUAUGUUUGUAAGUCUUGAUAGAUCUACAGCUUUGAAUUUACAUUUGUGUACGGCCAUGUCACAGUAAGCAGACAGACUGCUGAUUGCAGGACUCUCUUGUAUUUGAAACAAAAUGCGAGGAUGUAGACGUGUGCUUGGUGUCUAGCUAGAGCUGAACCUCCCAAAAGGCAGAUGAUGUAGAACAGAAUUCGGGCGCUGUCAUGAGUUCACUUGCAAAUGAAACCAUGUGUGUUUGCAAGGGGAAAGUCUUCAGAAAUUGUGCGAUGGCUGACAACACGCAUAUCAAAGCAAAUGAGAGUGAAACACUAAGUCUUUGUUAAAUGCCUCCUUACUGCAGUAUAUACUACCUAGCAGAACACACGUGCACCUAUUCAUUAUGCUGUAGCUAUACAUAUGAAUGUGAAACUCAAGUUUCAAUUUAAAACCAGGGUUUCUAACAUUUUCAUUUGAAGAAAUAUAUGCAUGUAUAGAACUUGUACAAUUCCAGCAAAAAAGUUUAGUGCCAGUGUUUACCUGGUGAAUUCCUUAUGCCAGUCAAGCAUACCAAGUAAAAAGGGGCUGUAGUAUUGUAGAGGUACUCUCAGUAACCCAGAUGAGGCAACAGGAGGACAGGCGGCGCAACGCAAGGGGCAGCCAAGUUUGUUUUCAGAGGAUCUGCUCAGAAAUCAAGCCCAUCCCAGGCAGUGGAACAGUUCAGGGGCCACGUUUGGCAUUUUGCCAUGUCCUGGUUACCCCUCUGCCUUGGGUAGCCUCCCGAACUCUCUGUUCCGCAUCAGUCUCACUAUUAUUUAGUGAAAACACUAUAUUUAGUUGUUUAUACGUCUAGCUCAUGUAUCACUGUGGCUGAUACCUUCACACACCUCCCCUCUUUUUUACCUUUCCCCUUGUUUGGGUCUCAGCUACAUAGAAGUUUCUUGCUUAAGGAGUCAACUUCAGCUUAUUUCUUACAGCUGCGUAUUUGCAUAGUUUGGUCUUGAGUCAUUUUCUGCCAUGUGAUACCUUAACCAGAGUGAUCUUGUAUACAUGGGCAAGACCAAGCUUGAUUGGACUUCUGUCCAUCUGGAUUAUAUCUACAGCUGGUGAGGUAAAAUUUGUAAAUGUACAAAGUCCCUAAGUCUCUAAACAGAAACUAAAGUCAUUAGCCAUGUAUAAAAUGGCAUAAAGAAAGUAGAAUAUUACAGAAUUCUCAGCCUGGAAUUUGCCCAUUCGUUAUCACGUUCAGAUGUCGAAGCUUCACCUCUUUUAAGAUCCAUUACAGCAAGCCUUCAACCAUACUCUGUACGAGAAUACUACUAAAGAAAAUGAGUAUUUGGGCAAUAAUUUCAGUCCCCUAAAAUAAUACUCUGCUAAAUUUGUGGUGCUGAAACUCUUGACUGAUAGUUACAAGCUUUUAUCUCCCUUGUAAAUAGAAAUAUCCUUCUGCCCUUUCAUGUUGAUUUUUUUAGUCACUUCUAUUCAAGAUCCCUUAAUAACACAGUCUGCAUGUGUUUUUACACAGACUGCAUGGUAGUAACUCUGGAUUUGCCUCAGCCAGCUGGCUGGCAGCACAGUGCUGGACAACGUCAGACUAAAUAGAUACUCUAUAUCUGAAAUUCACGUUCAGUUCACGAUAAGUAAGAGACUUGAACAGAGUGAGACAAAACGCCUGUGCUUAUUUUCAACUUAUUUUUUUAGAGUUUAAUUCUGUUGUAAAAGCUGUUUUAGUGAUGAUCCAGGGAAGCGAAGGAUAUAUGAUGAAACUUCUGGAAAAGUAACAUUGCAGACCUCUGCUUGACUGCAUGAUUAGAUAACCAAUAUCGUGGGAAGUGCAUCGAAAUCUUAGUAAUUCCCAUUUUGCUGCGGUUUGUAUGAUGUUCCCCCAUGUGAAUAGAACAAAGAAAUCUCCUGCCUGAUUUUUACAGCACAGCUUUGUCACAGGCAUGUAUGAAGGCUUUUCCGUAGCACAUCACCAUCCUCCUGUUUAACCACCAUGUGUGGCCAAUCUUGACUAUUAUGUACCUAAAGACUGAGCUCUGCACAUGAUUAUAAAAAUGGGUUGUACAGUUUGCAGAUGUGUGAGGGCUGUGACCUCCUCCUAGUUUUUAAAGUCUAAAACAGCACUUGUUUUCACACUUGUUUGAGUUUUUUCUUGUACAGGAAAUACUUUCAGAACUUGUUGCCAUGUGCUUUUGUUGAGUUUGGUUGGUUUGUUGGGUUUUUUUCAAAUGCACCCUAAGCCUUUAAUUUGCCAUUUAGGUACAGAUUGCUUAGUUAGGUAGAGAUGACCUAAGUUAAGAAAAAGCCAAUAUGCCAUGUGAAAUGUAGGAAGGAUCAGUUUCAGCAGCAGAUGAUGUUCUGCAUUUCACAUGUUGAUUCCUUUUAAUUAACUGACAGUACAUAAAUGAGGGUAUAGCCUGGUUGUGUCAACACCUGGCACCCCCAGCUAAAUCUCAUAAAUAGUUUGAAAGGUUGUCCCAUAAAACGUAACGAUGGUGGGUUCUUCCUCUUUCUGUUUGUUGUUUGCUGCCCUCCUGUGCCUUUGGCAAAUUACUUUUUUUUGGCUACACUGGUGUGUAUGAAACAGUUUGCAUUCAAUGUUUUGUAUGGUUUCUUAAAGGCUAUUGCUUUACCACUGUUUUUGUAAAUAACAUAUAAUGGAUUCUGUUCAUCUGUAAGUUUUAAUUAUUGUUAUUUCAAGGGUAUCCUCAAAUCACAGAAAAUUAAGCAGGUAUUCCAGUAUUGUAAACAGUGCCUUCUUGAUGGGUUUCUUGCUGUUCUGAGACAUGUAAAGAAGAUACGUCGAGUUUGUGCCAUAUGUAAUAUCUGAUGUUCUGUGAGGGCUUUUGUGUCUGAAAACUGACUUUCCUGCUUACUGAGACUCGGGGGGGACAAUGGCAACUAUUAAAACACAUUAAAUUAUUCCUUCUGUCUGGAGAGCCAGGAGUGGAGCAUGGGGGGCGUCUGAUACGAUGCAGUUGCACUACUUUUGUUUGUGGUAUUACAGAAACAGCCAUAACAAAACACCACCCUCAAGGACAAAUUAUUUCGGCUUUUUACUGUUAACGUGCCCGCUGCGGUGGCGCCGCCCCCCGGCCUCUCUCUUCGCCAAGCGGGAACGUCAGUCUCCACGACACGGAGCCCGCCCCAUCGCUGUGUUCCUGCCGCCGUUACCGCGCUGUACGCCGCCGGGGCUCGCCGUCUGUCGGAAGCGUUUGAACUGUGAGGGCGGGCCGCCGCCGCGCUCAAUAAACUCGUGUCGCAUCUC